AAUAAAUUCAAGUAGAAGUACGACAGCAGUCGCAUGUAAGUAUCUAUCAUGUAGUCCGUCAUCCACCUCUCACGCGGAUCGCUGCGUAAAUAAAAAGUCAACUCAAAAAAAAUGUUCGCCUUUACCGUUUUCUCCCGCUCUCUGAACGAGCGUGACGCGCGGGAGGCCUCGACGGAUACGACGCACGCCACGCUGGAGUCCGAGUUAUCCUCAGUGAAAACGCCCCCACGACCCUAGCCUCAAGAUCCGCUUUUUGCUACACAGACCAAGAAGCUUUGGCUGUUGCGCAUGACAAGGUUCGGCCUCUGGUGUGGUUGCGUUUGGCUAGUGAAGCCACAUCACAAAUCUGACUUCUUAUGCUGAUUAGAGCAUUCCAAAGUUGUCCCAGACAGCAUGAGAAAACGCUCAUCAUGGGGCUGUGCAUGACACACAAUCUCGGUAUGCAAUUUUGCAUGACAGAGCCUCUGGCUCUGGGAUGGGGACGCUUUUGUUCCGGAUACGAGCACGAUAGAGUGUACAAUCCGCAGUUCGCGGCGGCGCCGGAUGACCGAGGGCACGGCUUCGACUCGCAGAAAGUGCAGCGGUUGCCGUAUUGAAUUUAUUUUUUGAUGUUUGUGAUGCGAAGAUUACUAACACCAGUACCAGUAGGACCAAAAUAUUUGAUGCUAGGUCGUUGAUUCGAGCUGUAGAUCAGUGCGCUCUAUGGUACAUACAGCACGGAAAGUAUAAAGCCAAAAAUUAUAAAACGUCUGUACAACGAAUUAUACAUCACAGUUACUUCGAAGCCCGACAAGGUGUUCUGUGGGAAAAGCGCGAGCACAUGGCGAUCAACGAUUUGAUCGCACGGGAAGUGCAGGUCGAAUGCGGGCCGGAGCAGGACGAUUUGAUCAAUUGCCGCAUGGACCGGACCUGGACCAGCAACAAAUGUCGGGAGUACGAGUACAUCUGGCGACGGUGCAGCAGUCGGCCGAAGGAGUGGUUGGCGAAGCGGAGGUAUGGAUUGCAAAAAUGUCUGGGUCUGGAAGAAUGCAAGAUUUGUGAUGCAGGUUUUCCAUGACCCAUGAGGUCUGGAAUGCGAGACCCAGCGUGACAGAUUCUUUGAGGUCUAUAUCAUGCCUUUCCUGCAUGAGAAACUCCCUCUCAAAUUGGUCAAAAGCGGGCAGCUUUUGGCACUCACGCAACACAGAUUGUUGCAUCAUUUAGAUUUAGCACGACAAGUUCAAAUCUUCCAGGGCCAGACAUUUUUGCAGUUGAUAGGAGACGGGAGUUGGCCGUGCAGCGGAUCGAAAACGGGGAGAGCUUGAUGUUUUCCUUAUGAAGUGCAAAAAUGUUGUCUGGGUCUGGGAACUUGUGAUGCUAAAAUGUGCAUGAGGAAAACACUGCCGAAUGCAGUCCGGCAUGACAACUUCCCAAAACGCUUUCUCAUAGGCAAUCCGCAUCAGAAGCUGCGUUUUUGCAUGACAAAAGAGGCUGCGACUUUUGUUGGUUAUGCAAUACAGAUUUUCUAGGUAUGGAAAGCUAGCAUUACAAGUUCCAACCUUCCAGACCCAGACACUUUUACAAUCCAUAUUCCUCCUUAAUGAGCAACGUGAACAAAAUGUUCGCGGAAAAAGACGCGUUCAGCAUGUUUACCGACCACGAAUAUUUCGACGGGGAAAGGGGGACGGAGUCGUUUAGGAGUUAUUAGGGCGGGGAAUGAUGUUUAUUUACUCCCUUACUUGGCGGCGCGGUCGAAGAUACGGAUUGGUAAGACUCCUGCGCCACUUUCGCGAAGCGGCUAAUUUAGCGCCGGAGGAGGAGAAUCCGGUCCGGGAUUUUUGCGAGCGGCAUAUUUUGAAUUUUUGACGGACCACUACCAGUCCACUUGAAAAAUCCGGUCGGUGUGGAUUUGUGGGGACGGGAUGGUGGGGGUUUCCGACCGCGUGGCGUUUUUGGGAACAGAUGUUUCUGUGAAGUAGAACAAGAGCAGAGCAGGAUAUCAUGCUUGUGUAGCAGAAGUUCUGCAGAUUAUAGGUGGAUCGAAGUAGAAGACACGGCUUCUUCCGCAGUACUACACGACCUGCGGGCAAAAGAGAAACAUGGUCUAGUAGGAAAAUGUCGUGUCGAAAAUUCGCAGUACUCCUGCGUCACAGGCACGGAGAAGAUAGUACCCACCGCAGAAUACGACUCACAACUUGCAGCGGUG